UUUGGCAUGUUCUUGACGAUGCUGUGCCUCGCUCCAGGCGCCUUGGGGCAGACGUCCGGGGUCAUCAGUUACAAUGGGCCGGACGUGAACAGCGAGGAGUCCGAGUCUAUGCACAUGCCAGACUACCUGAGGUGUGACGCCUGCAGGGUCAUAGCGUAUAAGUUCACACAGAAGCUGGACAAGAUGACAACUCGACCGAGGGGAAGAGGAGAAAAGGAGCUGCUGCUGCUAUCCGAAAUCAUCGAGGGGUUAGAGAACAUAUGCGAUGAAGAUUGGAAAGACACGGGUGUUAAAGAGGUGGAGGGAGUGAAGCGGCUCUCAGGGCCGGGUUUGGAGACUAAGGAGGUCCCAGGUGUUACCGCUUCUGGACAGAAGUGGCCACAGAGGUUACAUGAGAUGUGUCACAUGUACAUUGGGGACAUCGGAGAAGAACAACUUUACGGUAUCUUCAAGAGAGAGCGGAACCUGGAAAAGUUCAUGUGUCAUCGGAAGAACGGACAUUGUCAUCCCAAGAACCUCAAGGUCAAGAAGGUCAACGACGAAUUGUGACCCACCAUCUACUUUUGUUAAUUGACCCCCCUCCCCAACUUAUGCUCAUGGUAUAGCCCUUCGUUCCCCGUUUUCAUUCAAUUGGCAGCAUAUAUCAUAUUGCGUGCAGUUGUAAGCAUUGCUAUGCAUUGGAGUAAUUUAGUUAACGCCGUUACUUGCACGC